AUGACGGACCUCGACGACCUUCACUUCUUCCUCGGCAUCUCCGUCACGCGGUCUCCCGAUGGGUCGUUCCUAUCUCAGUGCCAGUACGCGCUGGAUCUCCUUCAGCGUGUAGGCAUGGCAGAGUGCCACUCUACUGCGACACCAGUGGACACUCAUGCCGAGUUGUCUGCAACCGAGGGAGUGUCUGUCGCUGAUCCCUCGGAGUACCGGAGUCUCGCUGGUGCUCUUCGGUACCUUACGUUGACUCGUCCGGAAUUGGCGUAUGCAGUUCAGCAGGUGUGCCUCUUCAUGCAUGAUCCUCGCGAGCGUCAUCUUGCACUGGUCAAGCGCAUACUCCGCCAUGUGAAGGGUACUCUCUCCAUCGGCCUCCACAUUGGCACUGCUCCAGUUUGCUCUCUUACCGCGUACUCUGACGCAAAUUGGGCCGGCUGCCCCUACUCCAGACGCUCUACGUCCGGCUACUGCAUAUUCCUCGGCGAUAAUAUGGUUUCUUGGUCCUCCAAGCGCCAAACCACGGUUUCUCACUCCAAUGCUGAAGCUGAGUAUCGUGCUGUUGCCCAUGCCGUCAUCGAGUGUUGUUGGCUACGUCAUCUACUUCAAGACCUCCACGUCUCGAUUGUUUAUGCGACUGUUGUCUAUUGUGAUAAUGUCAGUGCCAUCUACAUGUCGUCCAACCCAGUCCAACACCGCCGCACGAAGCAUAUUGAGAUCAACAUCCACUUCGUCCCUGAAAAGGUGGCCCUUGACCAGGUUCAGGUGCUCCAUGUGCCGUCUUCACACCAGUUAACGAACAUCAUGACCAAAGGCCUGCCUGUGCAGUUGUUCACUGACUUUCGGUCCAGUCUUUGUGUCCAAGAUCCUCCCGAUGCAACUACGGACGGGUAUUAG